AUGUAUCGUUCACGAUCACGAGCUCCACCACCACGUCCGGUACGAUCAUCACCACCAGCUGAUGGAGCAGGCCCCAUUUCUGGAUUAUUAGGUGGCGUAGGUGGUGCUGUCACCUGUCUCUGCUGUCUUUCAGCACUUGGUUUACUUGGUCUAUGGAUAACUUUUAUUCCAUUUGUUGCUUUCUUCAAAUAUGCAUAUGAUCAAGAAACAAGAGCUUAUGGUGGUAGUUCAAGCAUUAAUAAUCUUCAACAAAUCGUUUUUCUUCUUGUAAUCUGUGUAUUAACAAUUUGUUUUGUCAAACGACAAAUUUCUACAUAA